GAAACAUUUGAUUUAUGUGUCGGAGCAUGAAGAGAGUCAAAAUUGUGCCGGAUAGGCCGAAUCGUCUAUUCGAAAGCUGGUUAGAAGAAUGGAGGGACGAAGCGACGCUCCGAAACUCAGAGCUACGGAGUCAUUUCACGAAGGCUCUGGAUUCGCUGAAACGGUACCCGUUGCCACUGGAGACCGCUGGCAUUAAGGAAGAUUGUACAACUACGCUAAGACAGAAACCUGUGGUGGAAAAAUGUGAUGUUGAAAUACAAACGGAAACAGUAGUGGCUAAACAAGAUAAAAUUAUUAAGAAGAAUGCACCAAGAAGAUUAAUAAAUGCAAGUGAAGCCAAAUCAAAGGAAGUUGCCAGACAAAUCUGUCUCAAACCCAGUACCUUUGAUAUCAUAUUAUUAGUGGAUACUCAGGAAACUUGCGGUAGUAAAACAAAGCCUCAGCAUGAUGCCACUCUGAAGGAAUUAACACAGCUUAGUGUUUUGUUUGAAGUCCGUCGUUUGACAAUUGGUGAUUUUGUAUGGAUAGCCAGGUGUAGGGAAACUAAUGAUGAAUUAAUUAUACCUUACAUAAUAGAGAGAAAAAGAAUGGAUGAUUUAAGUGCAAGUAUUGUUGAUGGAAGGUUUCAUGAACAAAAGGUAAUUCAAGAGUGCUUUCUUUAA